AUGGCCGCUCCGACCGAGGCGCAGAUCGCCCAUCAACAGCUUAUAGAGAAGCUCGACAUCCACUCCAUCCACAAGAACUUCCGUAGUCCAUCAUGGAAGCCCAACCAGCGCAGAAACAAGAACUUGAAGGCCAUAGUUGGUGAUGCUUCCCGAAGAGAAGCUUCUGCUCUAGGCACGCCAAUGGACGCGAGCGGUAUCGCCACCCCAGCCGACAACGAUGGACUCUCAACCAGCGGUACCAGCACACCAGCUACCGAGAGCGGCAAGGAGCCCCCGAAUCUUGCGCAAGCAUCGCGAAGCUUGUCCAAGCUUGUACUUGAGAAGAGCCUCAAGCCAGGCGGUCCUUCAGCGCCCACUGCCACAUACACAAACAUCGAGUCUGCGCCAUCACUCGCACACAACAAGCACUACUGUGACGUGACAGGACUGCCUGCACCGUAUCUUGAUCCCAAGACACGGCUACGCUACCACAACAGGGAGGUGUUUGGUCUCAUCAGAACGCUACCACAGAGCGCUACCGAGCAGAUUCUGGAGGCUCGUGGUGCCCAUACGGUUCUCAAAUGA